UGCGAUCAUGGCCGUGCUGGUCUGUGUGCUGCUCCAGGGGGCCCGAGCAGGAGUUGUGGAGGACUUCAACCAUGUGGAACGCUGUAAGGAAUCACUCUACAUGGGCACUCCACCCCGGGGCUACCUGGGCAACUCCUUUAAGAAGAUCUGCCAGAGGUACGAGGACAUGCCGCGCUACGUCACCCUGUACGACCCCCGCAAACACAUCCCCGUCUAUUCUGCCUACACGUUCAAGAAGUCGGAUGGGGAGAAGAAGGUGGACUUCCCUUGGAUGUUUGAGCCCCAGUUGGCCUCAGAGAAAAGCAGCAGCAACAUGGAGCCCUUCCCACAAUCCGCAAGCAUGCAUAUGAACUUUGAGGACACCCAAGCCGUCCUCGAGGAUUACGCCGAUGUGGUUAAAUAUGAGCGAGGCCAACUGAACCCCGACGAGCAUCAGGCGGACCCUCUGGACAAAGCCUCCACCUACAGCUUGACGAACGUGGUACCUCAGAGCCGGGAGUUCAACCUGGGCCCCUGGGCAGAGCACGAGGAGGUGAUUCGCAAGCGCCUCAACAACUACUGCCGCGGCAAGGCCUUCGUGGUCACCGGGGUGACGACCUCCGGGCACACGAUCCGCCGCAACAACCUGGACCGGGUGACGGUGCCAGAAUACAUGUGGUCGGCCUACUGCUGCACCGAGUUUGACCAAAAUGCACCGUACUUUGUGCGCUACAAGUUCCCCGCGUUCGGAGCUUACGGGCUGAACGACCAUGUCAACAACCACCUGGUGGAGGUCCCUCUCAAGAACCUUGAGAAGUUCCUCAAAGGGAGGAUGGAUGUGGACCGGAACUUCCAGAUUUUCUACAAGGACUGUGUGCCGGAUAAUUAAAAUCAAAUGGCUGCUAUGUCUCUUGAAUUGGAAGAUUAGAGAAUGUUAGAAAUUUAGAAUUUGGGGAUUAGAGAAAGGUUUGUUGUUCUUGAGGGUCAAAAACACAUUAAAAC